AUGCCGACCUUCGACAGUGGAAUAACUUUAAAUGCGUUAGAAAGCACUACAUACAACAUGACAGCAAAAUUGUCUUGUGCAGUUGGCUUUACGUUGAUUGGCAAUGCAUAUGUAACUUGUCAGGCGAAUGGGAACUGGUCAACGCAACCGAACUACGUCAUCAACAACUGCAGUGACCCGACUCCAGAAUCAGGAAAUGUUGAUAGCACAGACUUUCAGUAUGGUUCAGUUAUUGAAGUUACAUGCGUUGAAGGCUAUAAAAUCAAUGGAAAUUCUUCAAUAAUAUGCCAAGCAAAUUCUACAUGGAGUAACAUUCCAGUGUGUGACCAGAUAGAAUGUGAAACUUUGAAUAUCACAAACGGACAUUUUAAUACAGCACUCGGAACGACUUUUGGAAAAACAGCCACACAGUCCUGUUACACCGGUUAUACGCUUUCGGGAGAUGAAACAGUCACAUGCAUUGAAGCUGGUUGGAAUGGUACUAUCGCAACGUGUACCAUCGUUGACUCGGAAGCCAGUGCUCUAGUCGUAAUAUAUGCUAUGGUUCCAGUUAUCGUAAUUGUUCUUACCUUAGUUUUAUUAUUCGUUAUUUGGAGAAAAAGACAUUUACAGUGUGCAAAAGUGAAUAAUACACACCACAAACCUGGAGAAAGGCCGACAAUUCAAUAUGCGAGUGAAACAUGCAAAGGAUAUGGCCUUAAAAACCAGGACCAUGUAUUAGAGUCAUCGGAACCGAUACCAAAAGACGAGGAAUAUUCUUUUAUUUCAGACCACAAUAAAGCGGAUCCAUUAGACAACACGUUUUAUAACACAUUUGACAAUAUAUGUAAAGUGGAAAAUGAUGUAGAAAAUCAAUAUGAUCAUACAACAGGACAUUCUGACAUACAGAUAGCUAACUCGCCAAUAGCGAGUCACUAUCGUCACUUUUAG